UAUUUUUCCUUCUUACUUUCUUUUCUUUUUUUCUUUUGCUAAAAAUGGGAACCACACGAGUGAGAAAACGAUCCUUACAAACCCCCCAUUUUUCCUCGUGACCCUCCUCUCUCUUUUCCUCACACACAACCACCCACGAGCCCGAUCGAUAAACCCUCUCCCGUUCGGACGCCCAAUUCUUCUCGACGUCGUUUUCGUCUUCGUCGCAGGCGUCGCUGGUUCUCCGUCGAUCAGUUCUUCUCGGCGUUUUCUUCUCUGUGUCAGAUACUCUUCUCCGUCUCUGGUUCUUCUGUUUUCGUUGACGAGUCUCUGUUUAAUUUAAUUUUUUUGUUGAUUAGUUUAUUUGUGUGAAUAUUUUGGUGAAAUUUGGUGUCUGCUUUGAUGCAUUUAGUGAUCUUUUCAAAUACGUUCCAUGCUGUUAAAGCGAAAUUUGUUGUCUACCGGUAAUAUUUUGGUGAAAUCGAGAUCCAAUCUGUUCUUGCAAAUAUAUUUUGACGUAAAGUUUACCGUGAAAUAGAGUUUACAAGUGGUGAAUCUCAGGUUUAUUACACAAACAAUUUGGUGAAACUAUGAAAUGCUUUCAGCCCUUGAUCAUGCUUUGAAUGGCUUAAACCUUUGAUAAUGCUGUCAAUGGUUUACCAUUGCUGUUGCUCUAAAGUCUAAAUAAUCUAUGUCACCAUGAAGUACAUAAAAACUUUAGUGAAACAUACACAAUUUGGUUAACUAUUUGCGACUCUGUUACAAAAACCAUCAGUUAUAGGGAAUAAUGGAUGGAAUAAAACCCUGAGAGGUGUAGUAUGCGGAUUAAAAUGAUUAACAUCACACAGGAUUCAUGUAGUUGUUUGAUGAAUUAUAUAUAUCUGUUGUUUAUUUGCAAGUGUAGGAAUGGCUAGGACAAGGAGUAUGGCUAGAAACCAGAAUGAUGAUGCUGCUGCAUCAUCUAGCAGGGAGAUGCCCAAGACUUGUGAACAUUGGUCAGAUCUUGACCAUGAUUUGCUUGAUUCAGUGAUGAUGCGGUUGGGAGUUGUGGAUUACUAUUCAUUCCGUGGAGUUUGCAAGUCUUGGAGAUUACUCGCGUGCUCUAAUGAAAACAAGUUUAUGGCCUCCAUGCCACCCAUGACCAUAAGUAUCUGUUGCCAUGCUCAUGACAAAACCUGCUUCCUGGAGGACUUUGAAAGAAGAAGGUUUAAAACCAUUCUUCCCAAUUCUGCUGUUGCAGCCUGUGUAGGAUUAACAUGUGGUUACUUGAUCUUUUUUGUUAAGAAAACCCACAGCUUCUGGCUUGUGAACCCUAUCACAAGGAAGGAACUUCAUUUUCCUAAUUUCCCAUCUGAUUACAAUCCUGGCAUUGGCAGGGUUAUCCUCGUCUUUUCACCCUCAAUAUAUGGGUGGGCGUUUGUUUUGUUGCUUCAUUCCUGCAGGGAGAUAUGGUUUUCAAUAGAGGGUAAAGGAGCAUGGAAUCAUGUCUCCUCCUACCCUUUCUGCAUCCAUGAUAUAUAUGCUUUUAAGGGGAAAAUAUAUGCUCUAAGCGAUCAGAUGCAUCGUUUAUUUGAACUGAGACUCAUUCCACACCCCAAAUUGACAAUGCUCGAAAUCAAGAAGCUCAAAUACUUCUUUUAUGCGACUAGGUUUGUAAGUUCAGGUGAGAGGCUUUGUGUGAGGCCUCCAAUUUCAAAAUUUCUGAAUGAAUUGCACGAGCUAGAUUUUGGGGAAAUGAAAUGGGUAAAACCUUGUGAAAAGACAUUUGAAGAAUAUGCAUUUUUUUAUAGCGACUUGAACCACGGUGCUGAUGUUGCUGUUAAAUGGGAGUCACUCGGGAGAUUUGCUUCAUUUCCCAACACUGAUGAUGAUGGAAAUAUCACUUUCUUUACUGCUAAAAUGUGGUACUUUCCCCAUCAAUCUAUGGAUGUUGAUCGCAUAGAUGAGUGAAGCACGUCUUUGGUUUCAUACACCUCUUGCCUAUGCUCCUUCAUAUUGCUUGCUGUUGUGGAAGACAAUUACAUACUCAGUAUGUUUGUUCCAAGGUUGUGUAAUGUAGAAAGUGUUUUGCUUAUUUGUUUAGACAUAUGAUAUAUAAGUAAAGUGAAACACAGAACUAGUUUAAUUGAUAUCUAGUUUUUGGUGAUUUCUAUUGUUGACUUGAGAUGAUGGUGAUUUCAUUCUAUUCUUAAAACCCAUUUGAAA